GGUCUAUGGGUCAAAAACCCGCGUAAAUGUGAACAGGACCAGGAUCACGAAUAUCCUAUGAUUUCUCCGCGAAACUCACCUUCCAAAUCCCCCAACAGCAACCACCAAACGCCAUAGAAAGCAGGAAUCGGCACAUUCUCGUUUCCAAAUCGCAAACGCUUCAAAUCCAAGGGGCAAAAGGCGAAUCCAUCCGCUCAGAGUCAUGGCGAUCCCUUCCGAAUUCGCCACCACCGUCUGCAGUCACUGUGAGAGAGAUAUACCAGCACCAAAUAUCAGUUUGCAUUAUGCACACUGCUCCCGCAAUCUGGAAAAAUGUACAAUUUGUGGAGAUAUGGUUCCAAAAAAGCAUGCCGAGGAACAUUAUUUAGAGACCCAUGCUCCGGUAGCUUGUUCACUUUGCAGUGAGACCAUACAGCGUGAACUUUUGGCUCUACAUAAAGGUGAAACCUGCCCCCAAAGGAUUGUUACAUGCGAAUAUUGUGAGUUCCCGCUGCCUGCUGUUGAUCUCUGUAUGCAUCAGGACGUGUGUGGGAAUCGGACUGAUUAUUGUGAUCUUUGUAACAAAUAUAUUCGGCGGCGUGAGAGGAAUGAACAUGACCUACAGCUGCAUACUAGCAUGGAUAGUAUUGCAGAGUCUUCCAGGGAUGAGAGCAUAUCUGAGAGAGAACAAGACUAUCACAGACGGCAACCUCGUGAUUUAUCACAGAAACGCAUAUGGUUCACAAUUGCAAUAACAGGGAUUGCUGUUCUAAUGGGUUCGAUUUUCCUCCAGAGAAGAGCUGAUAACCAUCAACAAUAACAAGCAGGAAUCGCAUUUUGGUAUCUAGUUCUUGCUUCAAGCAAUGUAUUCAAUUUCUAUAUGUAGGCCUGAGAGUGCUGGUGAUAUACCUGAUCGCCCAUCGAACAUGUAGAAACGAACUGUAGUAUUGAUGGAUGGAUUCUUCAUUGUGCUUCCCAUGAAAUUAAUAUUUAUCAUUGUGUGCGUUAA